CCGGUUGGGGGCGCUACUGCGGCCUUCCGCCCGGGAACCCGCACAAAUCCCGCCAUUUGAGCAGAUCUGCACCAGGCAGAUUUCCUGCACUGUUUGAAUUUCUCGCAAGGUACGACAGCGGUGGCCUUGUGGCUCGGGGCAAGAUCAAGGUAAACAGCCAGCUUUUCCCACAGCUGGAAAGGAGUGAAAGUAGUCAAGAAAAAAAUUAUUUGUGAUUGGAACAUCCUUUGCUGCAGGAUUCCUGAUAUCAUCGUGACUACAGAAAUGAUGGUGCAAUUUCAUCAAGCGUUACCUAAAGUUGAACUCCAUGCUCAUCUCAACACCUCCAUCAGCAGCACUACAAUGGAAAAGCUGAUACUGCAGAAACCACAUCUCAACGUUCGGCAUAACAUGACCAUGAUCAGGAAAGGCCAAACAAGAACCUUAGAAGAAUGCUUUGAGAUGUUUAAAGUAAUUCAUCAAUUAACUGACAGCGAAGAACACAUCUUCAUGGUGACAAAAGAGGUGAUUAAAGAAUUUGCAGCUGAUGGUGUGAAAUAUCUUGAGCUGCGAAGUACACCCCGAGAAGAAAGCGCUACAGGAAUGAGUAAGAAGUCAUAUGUUGAAACUAUACUUGAAGCCAUAAAACAAUGCAAACAGGAGGAUGUAGACAUAGAUGUAAGAUUUCUAUUAUCCAUAGAUAGAAGGGGUGGGCCUACUGUUGCCAUGGAGACUGCAAAACUUGCAGAAAAAUUCUUUACAUCCUCUGAUGGGCUAGUAGUUGGCCUGGAUUUAAGUGGAGAUCCUAAAGUAGGACAUGCUAAGAGUUUUAUUGCCCCACUUCAUGCAGCUAGAAACAUUGGUCUUAAGCUUGCUGUACACAUGGCUGAGAUCCCAAAUAAAAAUGAAGAAUGGGAAAUGUUCCUUGGUCUUCCACCAGACAGGAUUGGCCACGGUACAUUCCUUCAUCCUGAAGCUGGAGGUUCAGACCAGCUGGUCAACAUUAUCAAGAAACAUCAAAUACCCAUAGAGCUUUGCUUGACAUCAAAUGUCAAAGGUCAAACCGUCUCAUCAUACAGUGGACACCAUUUCAAAUACUGGUACAAUUGUGGACACUCCUGCGUACUUUGUACUGAUGGCAAAGGUGUAUUUGCCAGCAAUUUGUCACAGGAGUAUCAGAUUGCAGAGUCAGCUUUCAACCUUUCUAAAGCACAGAUAUGGGAGCUGUCCUACCAAAGCAUUAACUACAUCUUUGCUCCAGAAAGUAUAAAAUCUGAUUUGAAACGUCAAUGGAAUGAGCUGAAACCAGGACUAAUUAACCAAGACUAACCAAAGAUUAUGUGACAUGGACAAUGCUUUUGGGCCCUUUUUCCUCCAGCUGAUACUCACUCUUGAUUGUUUCUAAUGAGAGACCUAUGAAAGCAAAUCAAGAUUAUCUGCAGUUCGAAGUACUACACAAGUGACCCACCCCCAUGAGCAGUUGUUCUUUUUUAUAUCACUGAUAACAGAUGUAUUUUGCUGACAUAUAGGUCCUCCAGAAUCAGAAAUAAAGUUUACAGAAUAAGUUUCUGCUUAUCUUUUUUUAUAAAUAGUUUUAUUGUGCACAAUAUUAAUGGAAAGAUUCUUGCUAUCAAAUUUUAUUUUCUUUUAAGACAAAGCAAAGCAAUUUGGAAUGCUUUUCUCAGACACAAAAACGUAACUGGGUAUUUUAAAACACCAAUAAUUUCACUACGCUUUCUCCAUCAUAGCAGAUAUUGAUGAAUACACUUCCUGCU